AUGGACGCCAUCAAGAAGAAGAUGCUUGCCAUGAAGAUGGAAAGGGAGAAUGCUAUGGAGAAGUAAGUUUUCAUCAGCAUGCCGGUUUCCAACCGUCAAAUUUAGGGCCAUUAAUCUGGAAAACCAACUGAAGGAGAAGGCCAACGAGUUUGAAAAGAAGGAAGAGGAGAUGAAUGAACUGCAGACAAAGCUGAAGAAUGCCCAGCAGGAGGUGGACACUGUGCAGGAGUCGCUCCAGGAGGCCAUAGUCAAACUAGAGGAGACGGAUAAGCGCGCAACCAACGUAAGUCACUCUCCCUUGUUCAUAUUUUCAAAUGUUAAAUCUCAUAAUGAGAGUCCCAGAACGGGAUGCGGGCCCUUGCGUGAGUAGGGUAUUACGCGUAGCUAAAAGAUUCAACCGGCAGAUCUUGGGCGUUACUACGAUGAUCUUGCACGCGUUUUGCAGAAGAAAAGUAUGCGCUAAGAUAAUGGACCAGCUGAUUAUGGGCGAAAGAAUAGCUUGCGGUUAACUUCCACGCCAAACUUAGGGCACACCACUUAAGCAGUACUACCCCUGCCGCAGUAUGCCAAUUUUUUUUAAUGAACCUCAAGUGUCUAUUCACUAAAAUGGGCCUCGGGUUUUCGUGGACCAUUCAUUUCGUCUUACUCACUUUUAACAGGCCUUCUCUGAAUCCAGCUCCUGUGCAGCUUAAUGAUGUGUAGCAGGUUUAAGAAUAGCGGUCUUAUUUAUUAUCUUCCGAUACUAUCGGGAGGCUUCUAGUCUUGGAGAAAUGUUAGGUUACCACGAAACAUCCUAUUGUCCCUGCUAGAAAAUAAACUUCAAAGGUUGGAAGUUGGAGGAAGUGCCAUUUCGAUUGGUGGUACUCCUGGUGAUGCUUAUUUUAUAGAAAAGCAAGAACGGACGGAUGCGAAUGACAUACGCAAGAAAUAGGCCGUCGGUCAUUUUUAUCCUAAUGUUCCAGUUUAGACGCUUGGGGAAUGCACUAGGAAGGAAGUUGUUCUGUCCUUUGUAGGUGGUUCUUUUCGGGUUCGCUUUCUUCUCACAUAAAAAUCGAUAAAACAUCAUGCAAAAAAGAAAUAAGCUUGAAAAUAGUCGUAGAUUUCCCCUAUACCAAUUGAUCUUGACUGGUAUAAACAAUAAAACUCGGGCCUAACGUAUUCAGUAAGCGUCCGAGAUCUGUCGGAAAGAGUUUUAUUACUCAAGUUGUGACCUUGUUUUAAACGAAUUUUCGAACACGUGACCUGGUAUCUUAACAAAUUCAUCGACCUGACUAGAAGAAAAUCGAUAACUAUGUAUCAGUUGCGAAUACAUACCGGAGCGAUUAUAUAAUUUUUAAGAUGUGCGAAAUAAACCCCAAAAUCAUGAAAGUCAUAGCGAAUCGGCCAAAAUCGUUAAAAAUCCCUUCAACUUGAGGGUUUACCUAAGUAGGCUUCCAACCCUGAUUAACACCUGAGUUGUUUAGCACACUAUAUGAUGGUGGCUUCUAGUUCUUGACUUACAAACGACUUAAUUAGAUAAUUUACAUUUUCCAAUUUUUUGAUGUUGCAUAAAUUCAGCUAUCCUGUCUAGGGCAGAUGGGCACAGAUUCCAUGUUUAGACACCUUUUAUAGAAAAAAACGUUUUCUUUUUAUUUUGCACUUAAAAUAAAAAUGGCAUCCGAGUUUUCAGAUGUUGACAUGAUUAUCCGUAUCGUCUAUUAUAUCCGAUUAAUUAAUUCUGCUUUCGAGGUAUGUAACAUUAGAUAUAUACUUCAUCCGGAGGGUUCUCCAUACCCAAAUUAAAAAAAUAAACCUUCGGGCCCUAAAGGGUAUGUGCUGCGCGUUAUUAGGACCCCGCGGACACAAGUUGAGUGUGCAUUGUGUCUAGAACUACGCAGGAAUGAGAGAACCUUCUGAAGACCGAAAUGUAAACUUCUCUCAUGUAUGAAAUUGCCAGAAGACACUGCAUUGCGCAAAAUAAGUGUACAUAUGAGAGCUUUGCAUAUCCCUUCCAGGAAAUACAGUACAAUUGGUACAGAAGUAUACAAGCAGGGGGAAACACGCACCACCUAUGAAAUGGCUAUUUCAGAAAGACGCUUAAACAAUGUCAACAUCCUGUCGUAUGUGACUAAGCUUUGAGGUGUUUCAUGGUAACUUGUAUCAAAACACCGCUUAGAUAAUUUCUUUCCUUCGAAAGCAUAUUUAAAAGUUCACGUCAAUAAGGCGCACAUUUCGGCUCCCGUAUAUUGCCAAAGAAAGUUACACGUUUAGCGGGAUGUUUUAAUUUCUUACCAAUAACCUGGACAAAACACGCGUAACUAAGUUAAGCUGAGGGUAGGGGAAAGAAUUGUCUCGUUUCGGCCAAUGGCUUUGAACAGCUCUCAUAUAGACUGUAUUUUGCGCGGGGAUAAGUCUGAAACCGCCAUGCAGAGGUCAUGAAUAUUUCCUCUGAACUACUGACUAGGGACUAAAAGGAAGUCAGUUUGGGCUUCAGUCGAUGAAAAUCAUUGGCGGACGUUUGAUUCAAAUGAAAACGCCUGUGGCGUUCAUGCAAAACACGCUAUUUUUUACUGAUUAUAGUCUAUCCCUCCUGUCUGUUGCACUACAGCUGUGUCGAAAAUCAUGAAAUAUUGACCGAAAUCCUCCUGCUUGAACUUUUAGCAUUUAUGGGUUUCGGUGAUUUAUUAGUGGGAAAAAUCAUUUCUAACAAUUCCUGCGGUGUGGCCUACCAGUUAGGGUUUGUAGGCGUUUUCGGUUGAUAGGAAAAGUUCACUGCGAAAAACUGCCAGUGCAACAUGGAGUGGUUUCACCAUCUUUUUGCUGUCAUUCGUAAUUACUUUUUUUACCGAAUUAGUCGACGCAUGUUCACCUCGUAUGGUCCUUUCGCACAAAAGUUAAUAGAUGACAUCUCAAAAUAGGCAAGAUUUAAAAUGUCAAUUUUAGUCUUUCUUAGAAGUCGCCGAACGAUCAACCUUGUUACAGACCAACAGGUUAGAAAAAGUAGAUUUGUGGCGAACGUACGCUUUCGAAUAAUCAUCGCAAUGCCUGGUAACUUAACAUGACAUCGCGAUACUGUAAAUCUUCCCCUACCCCAUUUUAAACAUUUAUUGAUCUAACCGCACAGGAGAUGACUAAGCUACAUCGAUCAGUUUGAUUUUCUCCAAUUGGAAUAAGGCUUGUUGCGGACAAGAGAGGAUCCACAGGUCACGCCAGUUUCUCCCGAAUGAAUACAUGGUUUGUGUGGUUGGGGGUUUAGUGGCAUUGUAACCUUCAGUGUGAAUUGGGGAAAUCUGCUGUUUGAACAAGAGGUUUUGGACUCAUGCAUAAAAUCGACAUCAGAGACAGCGGAAGACAGGGGCAAGCAACACUUGAAGGGCGUAAACAUUAGACAACUGAAGUUAGGGGCCUCCGUACUCUUCGCGAGUAUUUGCAAUUACGGGGUAAUAACGUUGACGGCCACGUCAGUGUCAUAAACUGCCGGUAUUUCAUCACCGGUGUUGAUCGAUGACAUGGUAAUUACUCGACCACAUGGAUCCUCAGAACUGUCCCCCGAACAGUGUUCAAGCGCGUUUACUGCGUUGAGGAUUACUUGGUCCAGAAAAUAUCGAUUGGCCGAAUAUGGGGGAAGGGUCGUCUCGCCUGAAUGACAUGGUUUAGACAGUUCGUGACAUAGUCUGCUGUCACCUCUCGCGGGGAGUUCGGUUUUGUCGCACUUGAAGGCAUGACUGAGUCCCGUCGGGUGGUCCACGAUUUGAAAGAGUUAACGUCCUCCUUCCCCUAAGCUGAUAUGUGCUCAGUCAUCCUCGUCCAUAGCAAUCUUUCCGUUUCGUUGACGUAAUUGACUUGCCCGCAACUGCAUCAUAUCUGGCAAGGAUGGGAGACGGUUUUUGACGUGACUGCAGACCUUUCGACCCUCCUACUUUGGCUCCGAGUGUUUAACUCUCCCACUUUCCCGUUCACCCCUAACUCCCAGAGUUGUGAGUAGGCGACUGAUGGCUUCCGAUGUGUUAUUGACUUGCGGUGGCCAUCGCUAAAAUCAAGGUUCCGUGCCGUUCGGUUUCUCGUCCAAUCUUUGAUUACACCGGUUGACGAGGUUUCUGACGGAUUUAUUCAUUCUUAAUACCUGUUGAAUAUAUUGCAACUCAACAAUUCUGUGUCCGUUUCACCGCAAUGCGUCUGGCCGUGUCAAUAGGUUGUUCUCAUACAGAUGUGCUUGCAGCUGCCUAGGUGGACUUUACUAAGGUGCAGCACUUGCGUGGUUGACUGCUUUACAGAAUACCUUGGUAGAUAGGCAUCCUGGAUCUCUGUGGCAGACGGGACCCUCAGAGAGCCCCGUAUAUUUGUUCUCUUUCUAUUCCGCCCUUGUGAAUAACACGUUUGAAAGGACGGGGUUCAAAUGCUUUUUGAAAACCAAUACCUGAUUCGACGCAAGGAGAGCGACUGUACCGCCCACAUCCAAAGACCAGACUUUCAGUCUAUAACGUUGGGGGAUCGGUAUUUCCAAUUAUCGCAAGACGGCCUCGACUGAGUUCAAAAUUGGUAACUCGAUAACAUCUUCUUAACUCCCUUGUAUACCUUUUCGUCAAGCAUUGGGUGUGCUUUGGAAACGAUACGAGGAGUUGGAAGGUCCAGGCACAUCCAAGGUGACUUUCCAUUUUAUCCUUUUCUAGCUCUUGGAGGUAUAA